AUGACGCGAAAGGUUUCAAAUUUCUCCGAUCUGAUCCAAAGGGUCACCGCUUCGUGUCUUCUCAACCCACUUGUUCCAGUAAGAAAGGUAGUUGAAGAUGACUCGCCGUACGAAUCAGAAGAAAACAGAGACGAAGAAGAAGAAAAUUAUCAUAAUGACGACGGUGAUGAUGAUGAUGAUGAUGAUGAAGGGCUUGAGGAAGAGAAUGACGAUUUCAAGGAAGACAAAAUGGUGGGGUUGAAGACUUUGAAAGUGAAGCAAAUGGAAGUGUUAAUGGAGGAAGUUUUCGAAACGGUGUCGUCUAUGAAGAGAGCGUACGUGAAGUUACAAGAAGCGCAUUCUCCGUGGGACGCAGAGAAGAUUAGGGUUGCUGACGUGGCGGUGGUUUCUGAGCUGAGGAAGCUUGCUGUAUUGAGGGAACGGUUCCGUCGGAAUGGCGGUGGUAAUAAGUGUGUUAGGAGAAGAAAUUUUGGUGUGGCGUCAGUGAGGGAGGUGGUGGCGCCGUAUGAGGCAGUGGUGGAGGAGUUAAAGAAUGAGGUGAAGGUGAGGGAUUUAGAAGUUCAGAAUUUGAAAGAGAAGCUUGAAGGUGUUGUUGCUCUUUCAAGCAAUGGUAGUGGUGAAAAGAAACCAGGAAGAUCUCAGUCUAAGAGAAAACUAGGAAUUCAAGCAAUUGCAGCAGUGCCAACACAAGAACUGUUUGAAACAACUAUGGUGCAAGUUAGAGAAGCAUCAAAAUCUUUCACAUCUAUGCUUUUAUCUCUAAUGCACAAUGCACACUGGGAUAUAACAGCUGCUGUUCGUUCGAUCGAAGCAGCUACUGCUUCUACUGACAAAUAUCGUAAUGCUUCGACUUCAUCGAUUGUAUCAGCUCAUCAUGCUAAGUAUGCACUUGAUUCUUAUAUAUCUAGGAAGAUCUUUCAAGGGUUUGAUCAUGAAACUUUCUACAUGGAUGGUAGUCUUGCUUCACUCCUCAACCCUGAUCAGUUUCGUCGUGAUUGCUUCACUCAGUACCGAGACAUGAGGUCCAUGGAUCCUGGUGAGCUUCUUGGGAUCUUACCGACUUGUCAUUUUGGCAAAUUUUGUUCCAAGAAGUACCUUGCCAUUGUUCAUCCGAAGAUGGAGGAGUCCUUGUUUGGUAACUUGGAGCAGAAUGGUCAAGUCCAAGCAGGAUACCACCCGAGGAGCGAGUUUUAUAAUGAAUUUUUAGGGUUGGCUAAGACUGUGUGGUUGCUUCAUUUACUAGCAUUCUCGUUGAAUCCUCCGCCGAGUCAAUUUGAGGCAAGUCGUGGAGCUGAAUUCCAUCCACAGUAUAUGGAUAGUGUCGUGAAGUUUUCCGGUGGGCGGGUACCGGCCGGUCAGGUCGUAGGGUUUCCAGUUAGUCCUGGGUUUAAGCUUGGGAAUGGAUCUGUCAUAAAGGCUAGGGUUUAUUUGAUAGCCAGAACAUAA